UCUGUCUCGAAGAACAUGUUGACAAAUAACGGUGUCUAAAACACAGAAAUGUCAAAUUACUAUUUGUGUAAUAUUUGUGAUAUUAUUAUUAUUUUAUUCCCUCUCCGUUUCAUAUAAUAUAGCCGACGGUCGAUGUGUGUGUGUGUGUGUGUGUGUGUGUGUGUGUGUAACACUAUAUACGCGGCGGUGGACGGGAGAGUCGAAGGGAAUAAGAAUACAUGACGACGAUAAAUAUAAUAUUGGAAAAUGUAGAACGCGGUCUUGGGUUCGCAGAAGUGAUGUCAUCGCCGCGAUUCGGCGGUGUCUCAGUGCCGUCCAGUCGACUUGAAGACGGUUUUAGAUGUGCGCGAUUUUCGUCUUAAGUAUUUCAAAGGAAAACAAAAGCGACAACAACGAACGUGUUAACGAGGUGUCUGCUGGGCGUAGUCUCGCUCAUAUAGGACUGCCGGCGGUUAGAGGCCGACGCAGAGUGGCUAUGGACACCGUCACCGGGGUAGCUGUAGCGUUUAUGCUGUUGCUCCUGUUGCUGGUGGCGUACGGAAGACGCAGGACUCGUCCGGGCGGCGGAGGCGAAGUCGAAGACGCCGUCGAUGGGACCGGGCACGACCGACUAUUGGACGGGCCCGCGGUUUUUCCCGUCAUCGGCUGUCUGCACGCCAUGGACGGCCAUCAGGACAGGCCGUUUCGUAGGCUGGCAGAGCUGGCGCGCCAGUAUGGACCCGUGUACAGCAUGCGCAUGGGUGCUAUGCCGUGCGUGGUGGUCAAUGAUUUCGAGUCCAUCAAGGAAGUACUGAUCACCAAGGGCGCUCAAUUUGGCGGCCGGCCUGACUUCAUGAGAUACAACGUACUGUUUGGCGGCGAUAGAAAUAAUUCGUUGGCUUUGUGCGACUGGUCGUGGCUUCAAGAAACUAGGCGCAAAAUCGCGCGAAUGUAUUGUUCGCCGAAAGUAUGCUCGUCCAAUUAUCAACUGCUAGACUCUAUAGCGUCUGAAGAAUUAGACGUGCUUCUCGAUUCAUUGGCGCAUGCUUGUCCCGAACAGGCGUACCAGUACCACACUGUGCAAAUGAAACCAUUGUUGUUGAUGUCGUGCGCCAACAUGUUCGUUCGUUUCAUGUGCACUAAGCAGUUUGCGUACGAAGACCCCGAGUUCCGGGAUAUGGUACGGACAUUUGACGAGAUAUUCUGGGAUAUAAACCAAGGUUAUGCGGUGGAUUUCAUGCCGUGGUUACGGCCGUUUUAUUCUAACCACAUGAACAAAUUGACAAGGUGGUCCACGUCGAUAAGACAGUUCAUAAUGAAGUCUAUCAUAUCGGAAAGGAACUCUUUUGUGGUGACCGGUGACGACGAAUCGGACGAAGACAAAGAACCCCGUGAUUUUACGGAUGCCUUGUUGUUUAGCCUCCGAAAAGAGCCGGGUCUUAGUAUGCAACACGUAUUAUUUGAACUGGAAGAUUUCAUUGGCGGUCAUUCGGCUGUCGGCAAUUUGGUCAUGCUUGUGCUUUCCAUGAUCGCCACCAGGCCAGCCGUCAUAGAAUCCAUCCGGGCGGAAGCCGAAGAGGUGACUGGUGGAAGUCGCGCAGUACGAUUGUACGACAAACCGGAUAUGCCAUACACCGAAGCGACCAUGUUCGAAACGUUAAGAAUGUUAUCGUCUCCAAUAGUUCCGCAUGUGGCUACAGAGGACACAUCAAUUAAAGAUUUCAAAAUUGCCAAAGGCACGUGCAUCAUCAUUAACAACCACGAGCUGAACACCAGUGAAUUGUACUGGGAAAAUCCGAGUGUGUUCGAUCCGAAUCGAUUCAUCCAACGAAAGGCCGGUGCAAAACCGUCCGUACGGAAACCUGAACAUUUCUUGCCGUUCAGCACGGGCAAGAGGACGUGCAUAGGUCAGCAACUGGUCUCCGGAUUCGGAUUUGUUUUGCUGGCCGGCAUAAUCCAGAAGUACGACGUCAAAGGUACCGACCAACUGAUACUGCCCGAGGCACGACUCGCUUUGCCUCCGGACACGUAUCCUUUAUUGCUGAGGCCGAUUAAAAAGUCUCAGUAAAACCAUAAACGCUGACAUUGCCAUUCAAAAGACUGUUUUUAUGCAUUUUCUUCUAAGGUAUUCGACGGUUUUCACUUUUGUCUUAAACGUCAUUUAAUAGCUUAGUUCAUAAGCGACAUAGAAUAAUAAUGCUAUUAUAUUUGUAAAAUAGUAGGCAUAUACGUUUAAGUCCCUACAUUGUUAUUGUGACUUGUAUUUAAGUUUUUAAGAUAUUAAUUAUUAUAUGUAUGUACAUGUACUUUUAUUAUUCAAGAGAUUGACCAACUAUGACCAGCAAAUUGCUUUAGUAACGUCAUUACUUUUGAUUGUUUGUAGUCAUUUUUGUAAAAAGUCAUCAUAAGUUUCCAAUCUUUUUUACAAGUAUACAUUCACUUUUUUUAAUCUAGAAUCAGAUGACAGAUUAUAUGGUCGAGUUUUUAUGGUAAUAUUAUCAAUUUAAGAGUGAGAUAUAUUUAAUCUAUUUAUUGGGAAAUUAACAUGGCUCUAUACUAGAAAAUGUAUAAAAGAAAAAAAGACAAAUUUAUUGAAUUAGAUAAAUAGGCCGGGUCAUGCUUAGCUCCUAUCACUAUGUACUGUCGAGAUCGACGUACGAAAUUUAUCUUACAGUUCCUAAAUAAAUACACAAAUUCAUAGACUGAGUCUCUUAGGCUCUAAAAUUGAGAUUAUUUAUUGACUAAAUACAUUAUAUAAUAGUGUACAUUAUACAAGCUGAUCACGGCCAAGGCCAAUUGAUUUUUGUUACUCGCAUUUAAUUUACUAUCUUAAAAUAAAAUGUAAAUAAAAUACGCCGUAUUAACAUUUUAUAAUAUCAACCAUUUUACGAAUAGUCCCAUCAAUAACUAUGUAUAUUUAAAAUUUUAGCUAUUGUUAGUGUAAUUUUGCACCAGGUCAUUCGUCUUAAUCAAACUAAGGAGAAUUGGAUCAACGUGUUAUUUUGCAACGUUUACACGAAAUAUGAUUAUUUUAGAAUAAUUAUAUACAUAUAAAUAAAUAAUAAUAAGUUCUAGGUUAGUAGAUAAGACGAUAGAGUAAAUUAUAAGUUUUCAUAAUUUCAUAUUAAAAAACGCUAUGUUCUAUGCUGCGAUCAUUUUCAAGUUAAGUAAUUAAAAUUAAGAACAUAGCAGUUGCCACUUGUCAGUUAGCAAAAUUAUUUAGCCUAAUGAUAAAUAUUCGAGUAUUAUAGCUGUAUAUUCAGUUUUAUGAAAUUAUGCAAUGAGUGCAUGACGUAUGUUUAGUAAAAUAAUUAUAAGAUAUUUUAAUAGGUUUUUGCUUACUACAAAAAUUAGUAAGAAAUAAUAUUUGUAUGUUUUUUUGUAUAGUUAAUUUUGUCUGGGUUUAUAUGUACCUAGUAGUACCAUUAAUUAUAAAUAUUAUUUAUAAUCAAUGGUAGUACCUAUUAAAUGAUCUACUUAGUGACAUACUUAAUGAUCAGCCUACUUUAGAAGAGCUUGUAUUAUUAAUAGUUAAUACUAUAAAUAAAUUCAAGAUUCCUAAAUUUUAAACAUAUUUCACAAUAGUUGUCUAAAUCUAAACGUCUCAGGUAAAUGAAAUUAAAACUGUAAAUUCGUUACAUACCUAGACAUGUAUACAGUCUACUAACAAUAUUUAUUUUUAGUGUAAACAAUUACACAACUUCACGUAUAUAACUAUUUGUAAUUUUAAUAGUAAUAAUUUAAUAAAUAAAUAAUUUUUAAAAAAUCUUUAAAAGAAUAAUUUAAGCUUAAUUAAAACAAUAAGACCAUUCCGAGAUUGAGAUAGAAUUAACACCUACUAUACAUUGCAUUGUGAAUAGUUAAUUUUGUUAUAACAGUUGUAGUUAAUAGUAUGAAUUAAUAAACAUGUUUAACUUAAUGUGUUUCUAUAAUUAAAAAUAAUUAGUAACUAGGUACCUACCUAAUUGAUUUGUACUUGACUACCUAUUUUUUAAUUUUAUAAUUUGACAAAUAGCAUUUAAGGUGAAUUAUUAUUGUA